CGAGACCGAGUGGCGCAACCUGGGAGUGCAACAGAGUCCUGGCUGGGUCCACUACAUGCUCCACGCGCCCGAGCCCAACAUCCUGCUCUUCCGCAGGGCUCUGAACUGCACCGUCGAGUACUUCCACCUCUCCUAAAAUGGCCGACCUGGACAACCUGGACGUCGACGAGCUCAAAAAACAUAUUCGCGAAUUAAGCAAAAAACUUGAGGAGGAAAAGCAGGAGAACUACGGACUGAUGAGGAAACUGCAGCAGAAGGAAACUUUGGAACACGACCUGAAAAUUGAACAUGAAUCGGACUUGGCUGACAUUGCCAGCAAAGAUCAGCAAAUUAAGGAAUUAAAUGCUAAAUUGAAGAACGCCAGCAAACCUGUCAUUGACACCUCUGAGAGGGACAACUUAAUUGAUGAGCUUCAACAAAAACUGGAAGAACUGGAGAAAGAACUGCGGAAGACAAAGGAAGAUUUGGAAUUGGCCCAGUCUGAAAAACACAACGAGUCAUCUGCUCACGAUUUGUCUUUGCUGCGAAAUGACUUGAUCAACAUGGAGACCUUACAUCAUGAAAAGUGUGAUUACUUAGAAGAGCUCCUUUCCAACUUGAACUCCGAGCUGGCAGAAAAAGCUCAGCAACUUUGCCACUUUCAAAGUUCCUCCGAACAACUUCGAUCUGAAUUGGAGACCAUCAAGGAGGAAAUUGAACAAAAAGACGAAGAGUUGGUUUUCCUGAGGAACGAGUUGAUGCUUUUGAGGAAGCCGGAAACUGAGCUCGAGGAAAAUAGGGAAAGGGGAAACUCUUUGUUUUCUGAGGUUGAGGACAACCGGGUGAAGGCGAUUGCGGCUCUCAAGAAUACAACCCGAAGCGCAGAACAGGCGCACCAAGACCUUGCCGUCGCCAAAUCGGAAAUCCAGGCACUCAAGGUAGAGAAUUUCUCUCUUCAUCGUAAAUGGGAAGAACUUGUUUCGACAAACAUCAUGUUGACCACAUUGGAGGAUGGUCUGAUUGAAAAGCUGAAGGAGAGAAUUGAGGUUUUGAACCGAGAGUUGGACGCCUCCGAGGUCAGGAGUAUGCAGAAUUUGCUGGACUCGAUUCCCAAGUCGACGGUGGACAAUAACCAGUGGAUCAAGUUAAUCAUGCAGGACCAGCUGAAGAAGGAAAACGAGCUCACGAUGAAGAUUCGCACCCUCGAAAUGAAUCUGCUUUAUUCGGAAGAGGCGCAAAUCCAGCUGAGGAAGAAAAGCAACAUGUACAUUGCCGAGGUCACUGCUCUCAAGGGCGAACUCGGAAAACUCAAACUGGAGGUGGGAAACAGAGUGCCUAUGGACGAAGAGGCCAAAUAUAUACCUUUACCUGAAGAUUCUGGUGACAAUGCUCCAUACAUGACACCCAGCAGAGUCGAUGCCUUGAGCAAACUUUUCACCACAUUCGAGAAAAAGAACAAGUGCUUCAACGUUAAAUUUUCUCCUGGGACCAAAAGUGAGACUCAAGAUGAUGACAAAUCAGAGGCUCGAAAGCCGGCCAGGUCUGUGAAAAGUGUCGUCAAGACGACCACUUUUCUAACAACCAAGAAAUGAUUCCAAUAAUCCGUCUAGAAAUUGAAUUCCAUAUAAGUUGCUUUUUCAUCUUGAAUGCUCACUUUAAUACAGUUUCCUUGAUACAAAUUAAACAAGUAAAUGCAAGUAUUUGUUAUUCAAAUAAAAUUUUACCAAUGAUAUAUGAGGAAAUAAAUUUUUAAACAAACAAUUUAAAGAGUUUUGAAAAGAACCAAUUUAUUUAAUGAGAUAUAUAUUUUUCCGAAAUUUUAAAAGGGUUUCAGAUGAACCGAAAUGGCAAACUGCCAAAGAUAAUUUUUUUUUUUUA